GCCGAGUGAUCCGAUGCAGCAUGUCGCUGCUGUGGUUUGAACAACUCGACAGUUGAAAGGAAGUUACAAUUAUGCUUCUGUCAUGUGCGCUCUUCCGGGAGGGGCCAAGGAGGAGAGGAAGAGAUGAGCUUAACAACGGGGAUGAAUCUCACGACGGAAUCGAGGAAGGGGGAGCUUAGGUGCAUGACGUAGAUGUGACGGUGAUUACGAGGUGUGGGGGAAAAUAGGGAGGAGUAUGUUCGGUUUGGAUUCGGGGAGGAGAAGGAAUGAAUCCAAAGAACAAGGGAUAUUGUACAAGAAAAGCGAACAAAUCGACUUUUCACGGAUUGCGGACGGUGAAGGAGUGAGAAGAUUUGCUGUAGAUAGAUCCAUUCUCGACAGCCGCCAACUGAGAAUUGCGACGACCAUCCACAGCUAUCUUAAGAAUGAUAUAACUUUCUCAUAAUAUUUUUUUAUAUCGGAUAUUGCGAACGUUUGCAUUAUGGCCUAUACAAGUUGAAUCAAUAGGGAAACAAAUUUUCUGUGAUAUGAUUCAUUUUUGCUAUUUUGUUCUUGCAUUUGGUUCAUCAUUGCCCAUCUAAAGAUAAUGAAUUUACUCUAUUAUUCCACCAUGGCUGCUUUUCAGUCACCUUUCAUACCCCCUAGAAUCAUAUCCCAGCUAAUUAAUGAAAUGCUUGGCUAUGAGGGGCAAGUGCAAUUCAAUAAACAGGAAUAGAAGCGUGUCCCUCUCGAUGUCCAAGCCACCCAAGUAGCUUUCUCCAGAGCAAACAAUUUGGAAAUAGUUUCCAGACGACUUCCCAUAACACCCCCCCCCCGACCCCCUCCUUCGACGCCACCAUUACACUCGGAAUGAGCCAGCAGACAACGAAGUCAUGCAGAUGAAAUUUUGGUUUCGAGUUCACAUGAUCAGAAUACGAAACGUGUAUUGGACGGGUUUACACGAUCUUGUGGAGAGAUUUGUUUUAUGAAAAGGAAUCUAUUUGACACCUUACCACACUGGAAUACAUACGAACUUUUGAUGUGAGCGUAUUAAUUAUUUGUGUGCACACGCCGCAGGAGCGGUUGGAUAUUGUAUCUUGAAUGUGAAGCUCAACUGAGGUUCAGGGAGUCGAAUCCAAGAUGGGUGCUUGCAUAUCUGGAUCGAGACUCCAAUGGAAGAACACAGCGAAGAAACCAAUGAAGAUUCUCAUUGUAGGAUUAAAUGGUGCUGGAAAAACGACCAUCCUCUACCGGUUGAUGUUGAAAGAGCAUGUAUUUACAACACCUACCUUGGGAUUUAAUUCGGAGACCUUUACCCCAAUGACUGGUUCCACAUUCACUAUGCUUGAUCUUGGAGAUUGGCCUAAACUCCGGGAGCGAGAUUGGCAUCAUUACCAAGAAGCUGAAGGGAUCGCUUUCGUGGUUGACAGUGCCGACCCUGGCUCACUGGAAAAUGCCAGAGAUUUUCUUUUCAAAGUCCUCAAACUACAAGGUCUCCCAAGAGGAAUUCCUAUCGUCGUCUUUGCGAAUAAGCAAGAGCUCUCCGGUGCGUGUGACAUCUAUCACAUAUUGGAAGCUAUGGCGCUUCACUCUGUCUACACAAACCCCUGGUAUCUCCAAGCUGCUAGCGCCGCCAACGGUGAGGGUCUUCUAGAAGGCAUCAAAGAACUCGGUCAGAUGAUCCAGAGAUGUCGUCAACGAAACACGCUCAGACGAAGAAGAUCACGUGGUUCACGGGUCCAAUAGGAUCGAUAUAAAAAGACUCCAAUGAGAAACUAUGAAAAUACUUGUCGGCAUGAUUGAAUGAUGUUUGAUAUUUUUAACUUGGUCACAUGCAUUUAAUCACUACUAGCACGUGACAGCUAGCCCUGAUGAAGCAAUGGUAUCGACGCUGGCAACUGAUACGCGAAGACAGGCCGCGUACAUAAAAUUCACCAAGAUAUCCUGUAUGCAUCUCGAUUAUUGAUAAAUUCCUGGAUUCGUAUACGGAUGCAUUUUUCGAUUCUUUGCUUUAUGAAAUGGCGUUGAUAUUACAAUUCUUCUUCAAACCUAUUCACCACCCACCCCACGCAUUAUUCAUCUUCGUAAUGAUUGUGGCAUUUUUGCACAUUGCAGGCAUUUCAAUUCUUGAUAAGGUAUCAGUCCUAAUUGCUAGCAAGUCAUUAGUAAAGAAAUUUGAACUUAAAAUCACGGGGAACCCAAACACCUUCUUACAAAUAUUUCCUCUUUCUUGGCAUUCACAUAUAAAGAAAAACACUCAGAAUUAAAAUAUAACAAUAUGUAAUGUUGUAAAUUUCAAUUGGCUAUAUAAAUAUACAGUCAAUCAAAAGUAAGCCUACAAUUAUCUACUUUAUAUCACGUGGUAUUCAAAAGAGGCAUAUUAUCGAAAUUGCAAUAUAGAAUUCCACUUUUUAUACAAAAAACAAAAACAAAAACCUUCCACUGUACAUAUUCUUCUUUUUCAUUUGAAUAGGAAUGCUGAUAUUAUUUUGCAAAAUUAAUAUUUUGCAAUAUAUUUUUUGCAUUAAAAAUUGUUAUAAAUUUGUUCAGAUAAACAAUUAUUCUCUGCAUAUUAUGCAGAUAAUAGUUUUUAAUCUAAAUAUUUUUAUUACCGUUGAUUGGUUGAUAUGUUAAACUUGCUAUCUUUUUCCUAUAAAGUUUCUGGUGAUUUAAUGACUUAAAAUCAUAGAGCAAAUUCCGAAUUCGAUAUUCUGAACCAUGUGUUUUAGUCAUGAUAUUUACAAACACAGCUUAUGGACAGAACCGAUUUACACUGUCAUGAUUUAUCCACAAGAAAUGAAUAUCGAGAGAAUUUGAUGGCUAAAUUCAAUUGUAGAUAACUUUGUAAAAAAAAAUUAAUACACCGACUAGUAACAAUAAGUGUUUGAUAUUUUACUUUAAAAAUGUGUUUUACUCGAAUUGUAUAAUUUACGCCAAUUCCCUCUCGCUGAAAUUUACUUUUCGAGUAACUUUUUAAAGACCUGGGAAUUAUUUUCAGAUGAUGUUUCUAGAAUUUUGUUAAAAUUGGUUGUACCAAUAUUGACAAGGAUGAUAUUUGUCAGUCAAAUAAAUGUGACUAUAUCUGUUGCUCUGAAUUUUGAUACCGUUAAACAAUUACCGUAUACACAUUUUAUAUCACUGUAAAUACCAGUCACGCCCAUCAUCUGACUGAAGCAACUUCUGUUAUUGUCCAUAUGUGUUGUAUAUUCUCCUUGAAUUCUAAGUGCAGGUAUUUUGUGCAAUAAAUGCUCUUGUAUUUAACUAA